AAGCCCCACACAAAUAUAUGUACUAGGAGAAGUGAAAACUUUGCCAUCAUCUUCUACUACUGUGUACUUGCCGACCCAUUCUUGAUUUUGAUGGCUUCUUUGACUUUGCCUUCCUCUUCUUCUACUAAAAACAGUCGUCUUUCUUCUCAAAACAGUCGUCUUUCUUCUCGUUUUUAUUCUUCUUGCUCGUCCCUCAGUUGCAGAAACUUCGUUCCUAAACAAACACGGGGUCCCAACUACAUCAAUUGUGAAAUCAAUGAACCAGCGAAUGAGAAGCCUAUUGUGCCAAUCAUUAAUGAUGAGACACUUCCAACAUUCUUGCAAGCCAAACGCCUACAGAAUGCAGUCGACAGAAACUAUAACAAGCUGAAUCCAAAGCUGAAGAUAUUUUCUGGAACCGCAAAUCCUUCACUUUCUCAGGAAAUUGCUUGGAACAUGGGGCUUGAACUGGGAAAGGUCAAGAUCAAGCGCUUUGCUGAUGGUGAGAUUUAUAUCCAGUUGCAAGAGAGUGUUCGAGGAUGUGAUGUUUUCUUGAUUCAGCCCACUUGCCCUCCAGCCAAUGAAAACCUCAUGGAGCUUUUGGUGAUGGUAGAUGCAUGCCGAAGGGCUUCAGCCAAAAAUAUCACUGCGGUGAUUCCAUAUUUUGGAUAUGCCAGAGCUGAUAGGAAGACCCAAAGUCGUCAAUCCAUUGCUGCCAAAUUGGUUGGGAACAUUAUAACAGAAGCAGGUGCAGAUCGUGUUCUAGCUUGUGAUCUCCACUCUGGGCAAUCCAUGGGUUAUUUUGACAUUCCAGUGGACCAUGUAUACUGUCAGCCUGUUAUCCUUGAUUACCUUGCUAGCAAGAAGAUUUCUUCCAAUGAUCUAGUGGUGGUCUCUCCUGAUGUUGGGGGAGUUGCUAGAGCACGUGCUUUUGCAAAAAAGUUAGCUGCACCUUUAGCCAUUGUCGAUAAAAGACGCCAGGAGCAUAAUAUUGCUGAGGUCAUGAACCUGAUUGGUGAUGUUAAAGGAAAAGUUGCAGUCAUGGUGGAUGACAUGAUUGACACAGCAGGGACUAUUUCCAAAGGUGCAGCACUUUUGCACGAGGAGGGAGCAAGGGAAAUUUAUGCAUGUUGUACACAUGGUGUUUUCAGCCCCCCUGCAGUUGAAAGGUUGUCAAGUGGCCUAUUUCAAGAGGUUAUCACCACAAACACAAUUCCAGUGAUGGACAAAAAUUAUUUCCCUCAGCUGACAGUUCUUUCAGUUGCAAACCUUCUUGGUGAAACAAUUUGGCGCGUACAUGGUGCUUGUUCUGUGAGUAGCAUUUUUCAGUAGGUAGGAGUAAAUUUUUCUAUGGUAUUUUCGACAGGUGUUUUUCCUUAUAGCUAAAUAGAAACUAUAACAUUUUCACAGCAUUUUACUCUUUAAGUUAAAUUAGUAGGAUUAAGGUAGCCAUGUGCUUGGGACUUGACGUCCUCA